AUGAUCUUCGCCAGGAACUUUGUUCUGGGCUUGCUGUGUCGAGCGACAAUGGUGAUGUCUAAGGCCAUUGCACGUGACGUGAACUCUCCUCUGUCGAUAGUUACAACAACAAGGACCGUUACUGCAUCUGCAAGCACGAGUUCUUCAUCUCUAACUCUCGCUACCCCAGGUGCUCCCGUAUCACCAAAGGUGCUGCUUAUUGCCAAUACGUUCGAAUUUGGUUAUCUGGACGCUUACAAUUUUACCAUCCAAUACACCGGUGUGUUAUUCGAUCAGAUUUUAGCAUGUACCGAUGAUGGCACUAUUUGCAAACUUGAGUGUGGUCAAGAGCUCGUUUCCGCCUCUCAGAUCACAGCACUUCUGAUGAUUCCCGGAGUCAAUCUCAAAAAAGCCUACAUUAUUAUCACGGGUACUGGCGGCGUCAAUCCAAAAUAUGGGACAGCUGGUGGCACAGCGAUUAGUACGUUUGGAAUUCAAUGGGAGUGGGGCGGCAUGUUUCUCGGAGACGAUCUACCUGCUAACUUUUCAGGGCAGUACUUCUUCUCUUACGCACAGCUCACUCCUGAUCAAUACCCCGUCACGGUGGGCUCCGAAGUAUACAAACUUAACGAGGCACUUGUAGACCGCUUUUAUGCUACGGGAAGCAAUGUCACAUAUGAGAAUGUCUCGGAAACCGCUCAAGAUUUAAGGGCAACCUAUGAGUACGACGCUGCAAAGCGGGAACCUUUCUUGGCAAGGUGCGAUACCGUAUCCUCACAGGUUUACUGGCACGGAAAUGUGGCUGGGGAAAAUGUUGAGUAUUACUCCAAUGUAAUCACAAAUGGACAAGCGCGCCCAUGUAACACCAAUGAAGAUGAUCAGGGGAGACUGUUAGCUCUUUUCUACGGCGCCGUUCAUGAUCUAGUUGACUUUGGGCGAGUCUCAAUGAUCAAGGCGUUCAGUAAUUUUGACCGCCCCCCACCACAGCUUACCGCUUACCAAUCCCGCUUUUAUGUCGGGGAAGGGGCUACCGAGCCUGGUUUAAGAAAUGCUUGGAAGACAAUCAUAGCGAUUGUGGAUGACGUUCUUGAAAACUGGAAUACUGUGUUCGAUGCUGGUAUUGAACCCAAUACGUAUAUGGGUGACAUAAAGGGGACUUUGGGCGGGGUGUGUGACUUCAAUUCUACUUCAAGUGCAGCAAAAGGAUCGGUACAGGGUAGUUGA